AUGGCGUAUGAUGAAGAAGAUUGCAGAAGAUUAUCAGACAAAUAUAAAAAAGAAGGUCAUUUUGACAAGCUGAAAAGAGAUAUAUUGUCCAAUCCUUGGGACGGUACAGAAGAGCAUAGUGAACCAUUUGAGCAAAUGCUUCGGGAAAGGGUUGCCAAUACAGUGAAAGAAAUGGUUAAGCAAGAUGAAGAAUUGAUAUCCAAAAAUCGAGGGCUAACGAGUGCUCUUAUUGAAUCACAGUUAGUUAAAGACAAUUACUCGAAACUAAAUAGUAAAAAUGAUAAGAGUAAUGACGACGGUGCGAAGAAGUUUGAAUUGGACGUCUAUAUACACUCUAAGUUACAGGACCCGAAAUUACUGGAAAUGAUCAAGAGACAACUUCAGGAAACGUUGGUUUCUUCUGAAGGGGAAGCAAAUGGACAUACGUAA